GUGCCGUCGCAAGAGGGGCGCGGGGCUGGAGGCGGCGGCUGGUUCCUUGGCGGGGGGCCCUGCUCCCUCCCUCCUUCCGUCCGUCCGUCCGUCCGCGCGCCCCCGGGCUUUGGCGAGCCUCCUGCGCUGGGCAGGUGCGGCAGGUGAGCGGGGAUCCUGCACCAGGUCGGGCCCCUCUCUCCCCAAAGGUCCGUGCAGGUCCGUCAGCUCCUGUGCCCAGUUUUCCAACCUUGAAGUCAUUGCCAGUGUGUGGAGCCUGCCCCACACCCACCCCCUGCCAAAUCACGGCCUUUACCUGCGUCUUCCAGUGUUUCCCUUGCGACCCGUCCUGCGGGAGCGCCUCGUGGGCCACCCCGGAGUUCACGCAGCAUUCGGUGGCUCCAAUGGUGAAGAUGACCCGGUCCAAGACGUUCCAGGCAUACUUGCCUUCAUGCCACAGGACUUACAGCUGCAUCCACUGCAGAGCCCACCUGGCGAACCACGAUGAACUCAUUUCCAAGUCUUUCCAAGGAAGCCAAGGGCGGGCGUACCUCUUCAAUUCAGUAGUUAAUGUUGGUUGUGGCCCUGCGGAGGAACGGGUUCUGCUAACAGGUCUACAUGCGGUCGCCGACAUUUACUGUGAAAAUUGCAAAACCACGCUGGGCUGGAAAUACGAGCACGCAUUCGAAAGCAGUCAAAAGUAUAAAGAAGGCAAAUACAUCAUUGAAUUAAACUCCUAUGCCAGUCAAGGAUAGCAGCUAGGAAUGAACCUUGAGAAGAGCCUUGUACACAACUUCGAGACAAUUACCCACAUCCAAACCGAACAUUUUAUCUCCAAGGCUGAGAAGAGAGAUCGUGUGAAAGAAACGCAGCUCCAUACAUUGGAGGCCAGUCCAGGCUGGCUACUCGAGACACACCCGCGCACCCCACACCUCCCAUCCCACAUACGGUGCUUGCCAGCCUCCGAGGAAAAACCUCUGUGUCUCUUUGCUUUGUACCUCUUUGUGAGUGGAACUUCCGAUUCUCGCCCUCUCUCUUUCUUUUCUCGUUCCGGCAUUGGUGUGUCUUUUUGUUUUUCCUUUUUUAAAAACUUAUCCCAAGCAUAAAUAACCAAACACAGCCCGAGACUUCAGCAUAAGCUGAAAGGUAGGAAUUGGGAGGAGGUGUAUUUUAUCUGAGGAUUAUUUACAUCCAAGGGUCCCCACAUCCAUAGCAGGUAGGAGAUGAGACCGGAUUGACGGUGAGUGGGCAGGCCCCCAAUUGCCCUCUGUGUUUUUUAGCUUAAACCUUGGUUGACCAUGACUUGAAACUUACAGACUGUCAAAAAUAUACCUCAUGGCUGUUUUCUCUCUGCAUCUCCAAACGGCUGCUCCAAAAAUUCAGUGUUGCCCCAGAUCUCUCUGCUAGGCUCGGCCCUGUUGAUUUCGUUUGGGGUUUUUUCCCCCUUUGUAUUCACUGUCUUGUGAGGGAAGACUUGAGGCCUCUGAAGUUCUCUCACAGCUCUGUUCUUUUGUAUCCUCCUCCUCAUUUCCCAGCGGAGAGACCUGGAGAGCGCUUGUCUUGGAAAACCAAACUGCUAGUCCCGCUUAGUUGUUUCUUCCGGAGAUGCAGACCCAUUCUGCAUACCGGGAGAGGCUGGUGUUGAAACAUUCGAAGGAGAUGCACAGUCCUGUCGAGGGGACAUACUUUUUGGGAUGCAGACGAAACGAGGCAGCCUCCUCCUUGCUUUGGGAGCAUUUUGCCGCGAUCGUUGCGCACGGAGAAGCACCCUGUGGCCAAUUGAGCCGGCUUUUGCCACGUUCGUGCCGGUUUUCCAAUCCUGACGGCAGAUUUAAAAUACAAAUGGGGAGCAGGGGAUUGUGCCUUGUGGUGGGGAGAAAAAAUAUAUUUCAGGGCCUCGUUGCGUUAGCUCUCUGAUCAGCAGUUCAGUUUUAGUAGCAGGCGGGGUGGGGGUUGGGGGGGACCACAUUAGGAACUGAGACAGGGCUUCGGGGCCUUGCCUUUGGUAGCUCCGCUCAGUGAUUUGCAAACGAAAAGGGCUUUUUAACGCCCCCACCCAGAUAUGAAUGGCAGAGCAUCUCCCUCGAAAUACCUCCAGUUGGUCCUUCUGACAUCCUGUGUGUUUGGCCUGUCCCAGGGACUUGGUUGGUGGACUGUACAAGGGAGAAAUCUUUGCCAAGGCCUCUUCGCUGUUUACGCGAAACCAGAAGGGCCCUCCAGAGCCCUUUGGUUUGAUUCUUUGCACAGGAGGACAAGUGUUUGACUUGCAUCAUGAGAGGGUCUGCGGGUUGGGUGUUGUUCUGGGGUUCUACGGAGCUCCUGGACGGCCACUCUUAUCGGAUCUGAUUUCCUCUUUUUCUACUCUAGGGACAUCUUAAAACUGUAGUAACAAUCAUAAUGGAUCAUGACUCAGACCCGGAGAAGAUUGUUCUGUAAUUUUUUUUUAAAAAAAAGCAAAACCAUCGUAUUAUGGGAGGUGUGAUUAAAAAAUCAUGAAUACUUGAGCAGAUCUCCCCCCCCCCCCCCCCAC